AUGGCUACUCUGAUUGAUAAUGGUAUCUACAAUGAGACUUCACUCUUCUUCUCAGACAACCUUCAGGAUGUCGACAUCACGCAAUUUCGCGUACCGUGGUUCUACCGUACUAUAUUCGAGGCUCAGGAGAACAAUGGUACCUUCACACAGCUGUUCACGAAUGGCAUCUCAUCGAGAGCGGACAUCUUUCUCAACAGGCAAUAUCUUGGAGGCACCAUUGGCGCAUAUGCUGGAUCUGAGAUUGACAUCACAUCCAAAUUGCAAGCCGGGAAGAACGUACUGCUUGUGAAGGUGUACCCCACGGACUACAAUCACGACUUUGCGCUUGGCUUUGUGGACUGGAAUCCUUACCCGCCAGACAACGGGACUGGCAUCUGGCGGGAUGUCCAAAUCAAGACAAGCGGCCAGAUCAGUAUCGGAAAGCCCCGCGUACGAACAAACUUGGAUGGCGACGUGGACUUCUCGAUCAACAUCAGGAACUUGGGCACCAUGAAGGUCAAAGGUAGAGUCCAGUGUGCUGUAACGGACCCGAACGGCAAACAGCUAGGUAGACCGCGAACGUCCUUCGAAGCAGAUAGCGGCAAGUCGAAUCUGGUAGCUCUACAUCUCAAGGUCGACAGCCCGAAGGUAUGGUACCCAUCACAGUGGGGUGGCCAGCCACUCUACAGCGUACAGUGCACUGCGACGAACAAUAGCAACUCCAACGUUGCAGCGGUGUAUGACCAGACGCCAAAGACAAAGUUCGGUAUACGCACUGUGACCUCUCAUCUUAACUCUUACAACGAUACUAUGUUUUCAGUCAACGACCAGCCGUUCCAAGUCAUCGGUGCCGGGUACACGUCUGACAUCUUUCUACGAUUUGACGCUGAGAAGCUGCGUGCGCAACUUCAAUACGGUUUGGACAUGGGUCUAAAUACCGUUCGUCUUGAAGGCAAGCAAGAACACUCUGAGUUGUACGACCUCGCAGAUGAGAUGGGUAUUAUGCUUCUGCCAGGCUGGGAGUGCUGCGACAAGUGGGAGGCUUGGGCCUACAAUGAAGAGAAGAGCGGCGAAGAGUGGAACGACGAAGACUACGAUACUGCUGCUAAAUCGAUGGCACAUGAAGCAAAUAUGAUGCAGAACCAUCCCAGCGUGCUCGGCUUCCUGAUUGGAAGCGACUAUUGGCCUGACAAUAGAGCCACUGAUUUGUACGUCAACACACUCGGAGGCUACAACUGGACGACUCCCAUCAUAGCUUCUGCUUCUCAAAACGGGUAUUCAGAGCGACUUGGCAAUGGUGGUAUGAAGAUGACGGGUCCGUACGAUUGGGUUCCCCCCAACUAUUGGUUCGACACCAACAACGGUAGCAACACGCAUCUAGGUGCAGCGUUUGGCUUUGGAUCUGAGCUUGGUGCUGGAGUCGGUACACCAGAACAGGGCAGCCUGAUCAAGUUCCUCAACGCUUCAGAUCUUGAUGAUCUUUGGCGGGACCCCAAUAAAGGUCUCUACCACAUGAGUACCGACGUCUCCUCCUUCUACACGCGUUCCGUCUACAACGAAGCCCUCUCCAAGCGCUACGGAGCACCCACAAGCCUCGAUGACUACAUCUUCAAAUCACAGAUGGCAGACUAUGAAGCCACACGCGCCCAGUUUGAAGCAUACCUUUCGCGCUGGAAAGCCGAUCGUCCUGCAUCUGGACUGAUCUACUGGAUGUUCAACAACGCGUGGCCAAGCUUGCACUGGAAUCUCUUCGAUUAUUAUCUCCACCCCAGCGGUAGCUACUUCGGCACCAAAGCCGCACUCGGCAACCUCGAAUCCGUCGUCUUCGACUACAAUUCCCAAGACGUAUACUACACUGACCGUGCUCUGUCGGUCUCCACCCCCAAAACCCGCCGACUGUCCAUCGAAAUCAUAGACCUCGCCGGCAAUAAGAUCUACCAGGGCCUGAACGCUCAACAUGCGAACCUAACCGCAGAGCCCAAUACAAGCAACCUCGUCACCCACAUUGAUGCACUGCACAACAUAUCCUCUGUCGUUCUAUUACGCUUGACUCUCACUUCUCUAGACCAAGAAGAGCCACUAAGUCGCACCACCUACUGGCUCGGCCCCGAAAUCGAUACCCUAGACUGGGACAACUCAACGUGGUACCAUACACCCGUCUCUUCUUUCACAGAUCUGACCGCCCUGACAACAAUGGACGAGGCGAAGAUCUUAGUCCGCGGUAAAGGGAAGAGCGUGCAAGUUGAGAACACAAGUGACGUGCCGGCUGUAUUUAUUAGGCUCAAUCUUGUCAGUGCACAGGGCGAGGAUGUGGUUCCGGUGAUGUGGGAGACUAACUACAUCACCCUCUGGCCCAGAGAAUCGUACGAUAUUGCAGUAGACGCGGGUUCGGACUGGGAUGUAAAUGAUUUGCGGGUCGUGAUUGACGGCAGAAACGUUAAGAAGAGGACGGUGAGAUUGAACGGGGGAACGCAGGUCUUGCCUGGCGACAGCUUUAGAGCGCAUUGA